UAAAACAUGUUUUACUCAUCAAUAAGUAUCACUGUCCUCUUGGCAGUUAUGAACGUGGUUUGUAGUGACUGUCCGAGCGGCUUCCUGCGCCACGACGACUCCUGCUACAGUCUCAUCCGUGUCAAAGCAUCGUGGGCAGAGGCGGCUGUGUACUGUCAGGCUAUAGGCUCCCACCUGGCUCGCGUGAAGACGGCUUCGGAACAGACAUUCCUUGAAGGUUAUCUCAUACGAGAAAACUCUACUAUAACGACUGACGGUGUCUGGAUCGGUGGUUUGACAUACCUGGUACCCAGCGAGUGGCAGUGGGGAUUUGAAAAUACCCGGAUCGCCAAUACCUGGUGGGCUCCUGGGGACCCAAAUAAGGCUGUCACCCAGCUCUGUCUAAUGUUGUACAAGAAAGAGGCCUACCGGUGGGACGACAAUGACUGUCAAAACAGAGAAUUUUUUCUGUGUGAGUUGAAUCUCGGAUCGUCCCCUGAGAUAGUGGGGAAAUAACAUCGCUGCUGGAACAAGAAAAACAGAGGAAUGAAAAUAUACUUCAAACGAUCCUUACUGUUUUCUCAGAACAAUUUGCUGAAAUUUCUGUGCUGUUAAUUCGUGAAUUGGCUGUUCAUGUGUAUCAACGUACCGCGAGUCGA